AUGACACGUAUUAUCCACUCACCGCUGCACGGCGGUCUUGAUUUUGACGCCUCGGAAGACAGCCAUAAGACAAAGACGAACUUUGAAUUCCAUACCGGAUCUUGUGCAGCCAAAAAUGCUAUAAGGGAACGGCUUAAUGCACAUUUUGCAAGCUCUUUAUCUGAACCUAGAAUACCAGUGCAAGAAGCAAUUGAGCGAUGUCUCAAAUUAUCUGUAGAAUGCAUCAAGGUAGAAGAAUUACAGAAACUACUCGAAAGAAAAGAUUACGUUCCCAUAUGUUAUGAUGGAUUCGAACCAUCUGGUAGGAUGCAUAUCGCUCAAGGUAUAUGUAAAGCCUAUAAAGUAAACGAACUUAAGAAAAUGGGUAUACGCAGUGUAAUGUGGAUUGCAGAUUGGUUUGCGGUACUCAAUGACAAAUUAGGCGGUGAUAUGACAAACAUUAGGCUCGUCGGAGAAUACUUCAAACAUGUAUGGAAGGCAGCAGGUAUGGAUAUGGACGCAGUACAAUUUUUGUGGGCUAGUGAAGAAAUAAACAAGAAUCCUGAUCUGUACUGGCGUCUAGUCAUGGAUAUCAGUAGAUCAUUCAAUAUUACACGUUUUAAACGUUGCAGUGAAGCUUUAGGACGUGCUGAUGGUGACAAUCGUCCCGCAGCAUCGCUGUUGUAUCCCGCGAUGCAAUGUGCUGAUAUCUUCUAUAUAGGAGCAGAUAUAUGUCAACUUGGACUCGACCAACGUAAAAUCAAUAUGCUCGCACGCGAAUAUUGUGAACUGAAAAGUGUAGGUGCUAGUCCUAUCAUCCUGUCACAUCAUAUGAUGCCAUCUCUAGCACAGCAGGGAGGUAAAAUGUCAAAAUCGGUACCUAAUUCAGCUAUUUUUAUUGAAGACACCGAAGCUGAAGUCAAUGCUAAGAUCAAGGGGGCAUGGUGUCCAGAAAAGGAGAUUACUGAUAACCCCUGUAUCGCCUAUUUCGAUCUUAUUGUAUUCCCCAUGUUCAAGACUGUUACUAUCCCACGUAAACCUAAAAAUGGAGGUGAGUGUAAUUUACAGCUUAUAUAUGACAUAUCAGGCGAUGUGACUUAUGAGACACAACAGCAGUUGGAAGAGGACUACAAAACUGGGAAACUUCACCCAGCGGACCUAAAACCUGCCCUAGCAGGAUACAUUAAUCAACUUCUUCAGCCCGUCAGGGAUUAUUUCCAGAAUAACCCUGAAGCAAGCGAGCUAGCACGCCGUGUUGCAGAGCUGCAGAAACUCAAGACGCAACACGAUGAGCAAGGUCAAUAG